AUGAAAAAGCAUGUGUAUACCUUCUCAGUACUGUCCAUGGCGAUUGGUCACAUUGCCGGUGUAAGGUCGUGUAGAAUAAGAGGAGAGACGGUUUUGUUACCAAAAGUAGAAGAAGGUACUUCGAAGACCGGUAAAGAUUCCAAGAAACCUAAGAAGUCUGACCAACCUCAGUCUGUUCAUGUGCAAGUCGAGAAGGAGAUUACCAAACCAGUUCAAGAACCUGUUGCAAAAGAUGUUAAAAAGGAAGUUGUUCCUUCGAAAACAGACGUUCUUAAACGAACCAAGAAGCCAUCACAUCGACCUCAUCAUUCUCCAGAACGACCAACCAUUGAAGACGUUCCUGUUGAGCCUUUCUCUUCACCAAAGGAGGGUUUUAUUUUGAAAAUCAGGAAACUCCGCAAACCCCAACUUAAUAUAAAGGGUGUGAAAAUUCCUGAUGUUCCAACUCCAUUUUCACUAGCUUCGAAGAAACGGAAAGCACAUGAAGUGGUGAAAAUGCAUAUAUAA